CGGCGGCGCGCGGAUGUGAGAGAGGAGGGAGCCGACGAGUUUUUCUAAGUGUGUGUGAGAGAGAGGAGGGGGAGGGAAAUGAGUGGUGGAGAGGAGAGGAUAAGGAUGAUUAGAUUAUUUUAGUAGGUAGGCGGACCACAUCGCAGGCGCCACUUAAGUGAUUUGCAGUUCACCUCGAUUUAUAUUUUUUAGGUGAUUAUUUGGCUCAAAGAGUCAUGUGACUGGAAAAAUAAAACCCACAUCGGGGAAAAUGCCUUUUUCUAGUAGUGUGCGAUAAACCAGCGCCUGCGUAGUGCAGAGUCCAAAGCCUCAUGUCUGCAGUGAGCAUCGUCGACGUCAGCUAUGUCGCUGUGCCGGCGACUGCCGCGCUGCCGCCGGAGCCGAUCAAGCUCACGGCGAUGGAAGCACUGUGGCUCCCUUUCCCCGUGCUUCAACACGUCCUGUUCUACGAGGUCGCCGGCUCGCCGCCGUUCGACAGCGUCGUCCGGUCCCUCCGGUCCUCCCUCGGCGCCACGCUGGCGAGCUUCGCGCCGCUCGCCGGCAAGCUCGUCUACCUCGAGGGCACCGGCGACGUCGCCAUCGCCUGCUCCGCGUCGGACGCGGUCAAGUUCGUCGCUGCGGAAUCCGACGCCGACGUCCGCCGCCUCGCCGGAGACGAGCUGCACGACCUGGCGACGUUUCAGAAGCUUGUGCCGGAGCUCGACAUGGGCAAGCUGCCGACGUCGGUGCUGGCCGUGCAGGCCACGCGCCUGGAGGGAGGGCUGGCGGUCGGCGUCACGGUGCAUCACGGCGUCGCCGAUGGGAAGUCUCUCUGGAUGUUCCUGGAGGCGUGGGCGGCGGCGUGCCGCGGCGAGGCGACGCCGGUCGCGACACCGUGCUUCGACCGCUCCGCUAUCAAGCUGCACCUUGGCGAGGAGAUUGCCCGGACCGUCUUGCGGAAGUACGCGCCUAAAUUGCCUCAGGUAGCCGAGCUGGAAAUUUUCGUCGAACAACGGAAUCGGUUCACCCGCCGGACGUUCACCGUGGACGCGCAGCAAAUCGAGCGCCUCAAGCAGCGCAUCGCCCGCGACGGUGAAGCCCGCGGCGCGCCACUGCGUCGGCCUCCGUCCACCUUCGUCGCCGUCGUCGCGACGGCAUGGACGUGCUUCGCCCGAUGCAAGACCACCGCCGCGGACGACGGAGAAGUGUUCCUUGUGUUCAUCGCCGACGUCCGCGAGCGCCUCGACCCUCCCGUCGGCGCGGGAUACUUCGGCAGUUGCCUGACCGUGCGCGUCGCGAGGCUCCCGGUGCGCGACAUCCACGGCGACGGCGCGCUGGCGGCCGCGGCGUCGGCGAUCCAGGAGGAGAUCGCCAAGGUGGCCGAAGACCCGCUCGCCGGGUGGGAUUUCUUGAGGCUGAUGGAGACGCUGGUCCCCGUCACGGAGAGGGCGAUGAACGUGUCUGGCUCGCCGGCGUUCCGGCCGUACGACGUCGGCGACUUUGGUUGGGGGAAGCCGAGGCGGACGGAGCCGAUCAGGAUGAACCACGACGGACAGGUGGCGCUGGUGCGCGCCAAGGACGGCCGCGCGGUGCAGGUCUCGGUCUCCUUGCUCCGAUCUGCACACAUGCAAGGUUUCAAGUCACAAUUACUUGAGUUAUUGGGAUGACAGAUACAUUCGAUUAAUUAUACUUCCUACUCCUCAUUUUAAGUGCAACUAUGAGUUUCUGUACCCAACUUUGACAGUCCGUCUUAUUCAAAAAAAAUUUAUAAUUAGUAUUUUUAUUGUUAUGAGAUGAUAAAAUAUAAAUAGUACUUUAUACGUGACUUAUUUUUUUUAUUUUUUUUUCAAAAAAGACGUGCGUUCAAAGUUUGGCACGGAAAAUCAUGGUUGCACUUAAAUGGAACGGAGGGAGUAGUAAUUUUCGCUGCCAUAUGGACGAGAGAGAGAGAGAGAGCAUGUUUAAUGAACAGUGCUAAAUGAUGUGUUUCGUAAAAAUGUAAGAAGUACUCCUUCCGUUUUAGGUUAUAAUACGUUUUGACUUUGGUCAAAGUUAAACUGUUUUAAAUU